UCUUGGAGCAAACGUAUCAUGCAUCUUGACAGCUAAACAACUUAAAGGGACACGCCUGCCUCCUGUGAAGAUUGCAGCCAAUCGCACAAAACACUACAUAAGAUUCUCAACGGGCGCUAACCUGUUGAAUUAUUGCCUCUACACGACAGAAGAGUUGACAUAAUCCGUGGUGUUUGCGAUUGACUGGAUUAAUUUGAAUUGAAGAGAACAUGAAAACUAGGAUCAUUGCGGACGUUGCGGACUGGGACAAAACCGCUUCCAUUCGCAUUCAAAAAGAGACGAUGAUGAGGAGAAGAAGAUGUCUCUUGCUGGUACUGGGCAUGCUCUGUCUCUCUCUCCUCCUGGUUGUCCUUGGGAUCUACACAACCACACGCUCAGAAAGUUUGAGCAUCAUCGGUUACUCCUCCGGAGUCAUUUUGGCUUUUGGAUCCUUCUUGGGUGUUCUUGGACUCUGUCUUGAGGAAAACCGCAAGCAGCUGAUUGUGGCAGCCAUCGUUUUUCUCAGCCUCGGGGUCAUGACCUCUUUCCUCUGCUUGGUGGUGGAUGGUGUCUUUAUCGUCUUCAACAUGGAUGUGCGCCCCCUGAAGGCUGGUAGAUGUCAAUUCUACACCAGUGGAAGCAGCUACAUCUAUGAAAACUAUUACGCCGCUGUGCCCUGCCGCGGACUAGUAGAGUCCUGUACCAUGAAUGUACGCAGCGGGACCUGCUACUGCUGUGACCUCUACGACUGUGCUAAUGGAGGAUACAUGAACAACUACUAUGAGUUUGUGGGUGUGCAGAGCUGCCAGGAUGUGAUGUCAUUGUACUUGAUGAUCUGGCUCAUGACCAGCCUUAACCUAGUGGCCUUCUUCACGGGCAUCCUCACCACAGCUGUGCUGGGCAGCGUUAAGGACCUGAAGCGCUUCACCUCCCAGUUGUCCUCGGAAGGGGGAGAUGUGUCCUCUCCUACAGCCCCCCUGCUGACAGAGUCCAACACACAUGCUGGGAACCAGAGACAGUCCCCGUAUUUCUCACCAGGCGUUGUCUCCGGCAGCCAGACUGACUCCCUAGAGACCUCCGCUCCAGAUCCCAACCCCCCUCCCUUUGCACCCCUCUAUAACCUUCUGCCCUUCAAGUCCCAAGGAUUCUCCGUCUGAUGUCCACUGCUGGUCACCACUACCCACCUCCACCGGACAUAUCACUUGAAGUAUCAUCACCCCACCACAUCACCUCCCCGACAAUCAUCACACUGAUGCAUAACCACUUCCACUCAUCGCAGCCCCAAAAUAUCACCAUCACCCAUCACAUGACACAUCACUAUCUAACUUAUCACAACAAGAUGCAUCACCAUCUAACUUAUCACAAAUAGAUACAUCACUAUCUAACACAUCACAACAAGAUACAUCACCAUCUAACACAUCACAACUAGAUACAUCACUAUCUAACACAUCACAACUAGAUACAUCACUAUCUAACACAUCACAACCAGAUACAUCACUAUCUAACACAUCACAACUAGAUACAUCACUAUCUAACACAUCACAACAAGAUACAUCACCAUCUAACACAUCACAACUAGAUACAUCACUAUCUAACACAUCACAAAUAGAUACAUCACUAUCUAACACAUCACAACUAGAUACAUCACUAUCUAACACAUCACUACAAGAUACAUCAGCAUCUAACUCAUCACCACACCAACAUCAUCCUCGUCAGCCAAAAAAUCUGUAUAAUAUUUGUUUCUAGGAACAGUAAACACGACAAACGUGAUGUGACAGACCAUGCGAAGAGAAGCAUUCGCAACACAAGGAGACAAAUCUAUGGAAAAAUGUACUGCACUAAAUUGUAAUGUAUCCCAAUAAUCAGUAACCCUUAAUUAGAAGAAAAGGUGACAUUUGUUAGAUAUAGUGUCAAAUGUACAUGAAAUUUAAAUAUCUCAUUUAGAUUGAGUUGUCUAUCAUGUUUUGAAAGCAUAACACAACCGUUUAGACUAAUUAAGACAACAACUGUUAACUCAUAAAAACCUUUGUGAAAUUUAUACUGUAGGUUUACAUAUACAAUAUAUACCUUGUAUACUACAUUGUGACUAUAGGGUUGCAUAAUAAAAACUUGGGUACUGUU